AGGAGACUGCAAGUCCCAUCGCCAAGUACAACUGCGAAAUGUGGAAGUGGACCAUUCUUGUGAUCGCUGCCUUCGCAGCUAGGGUAGCCAAUGCGGAUCCAAUUCCGAAUUGGGGGAUCGCUAUCUCCGUGCCCAAUUCGGCUCUCAUUACCGUUGGAACUAGCAAUAUUGGCUCAGGAGUUACCUUGCUAACUGGCUCUUUGGGAACUUUAAGCUCAACGGCUGGAAAUGCCAACUUGACUAUCGCUUCAAAGGCUCUCAUUGCUCUCGUGAAAACGCUUGCGACUUACGAGACCUAUUUGAAAAAUAAUCUAACAGCUGCUAACUCCAACACCAAGUCCGUUUACACCACCUUUUCCGGCCUUAACGCAUCAGUUUUGGCACUUACCGAGUUCAUAGCUGGUCCUGCUGCCGAGGCGUUGGUGAACUUGACGGAUGUUAUCGGUGGGUCCUAUGUGGCUGCCAUUAACACCACAUUGAACACAAUGAGCACCAACCUAGGAGUGGUAUCGGGUGCACUUGCGGCUUUGGAAACGGCGAUAAACAAAACGGUUACGGCAGCCGGUGGAAGCGCUCUUACCACCACUAUGGUUAGCGCUGGUGUAUCGGCUUCACUAUCUUCGUCGAUUUACAAUAAUCUGACCCUCAUCAAGACAGGUCUGUCUAACCUCACCGCGCCUGUUAAAGCGAUUGUUAGUGGAAUCGCCGCUGCCAACACUUACCUGACAACGGUGGCCACGAUGAGUUCCACUGUCAACAAAACCGUUACGGCUCUGAUAGCGAAUCUUGGAAGGUUCGCAACAAGUGCGAAUACUUCCGUAACGAACUACGCUAGUGCUGCCGCGAAAUCAAUAAAAGCUGAUUGGGCCAAUGUCACUACUAAACUGAAAAUAUUCUCGGCGGACAGUACCCUGGGUGCAUUAGUAGCCACUCAAAAUACGUUCGUGAACACUACACUCGUUUCGUUAUUGAGCACUUUUACUUCAUCCGUGACAGGCAAUACCAGUCUGGUGGUCAGUAGUUUGGCAGCGAAUCUUACUGCUGAACUGACCAACAUAACUACUUCAUUAAUUGAAACGGCGACAAAUGUGGGCAACGAAUUGGCUGGCAAAAUCGGUGCAGGUGGAACCAAUUGUAGCUCGCAGUACGGAACAGUUCUCACUUCUUUAAUUUUGGGUAUUUCCUCGGCAAUGUCAUCUUGCAUUACAACAACAACAACUAUGCUUACUAUGGCCAUUACCGAGUUCAACUACUUGCUACAAAUUCCUUUAAUGGAAAGCAACUAUUAUGCAACUGUGGCUUCAUCCUGCUCGAAGUAUACGACGUUCGCCAAGGAUAAUGUUACGUAUGCUCAGGCGUUGUCAUGUUUGACUGUGAGUUCGACAUAUGGAUCAGACUUUAUGAGCAACAUUCUGGAACUGGGAACCGGUCAAGCGAUGACCUUCAUCAACGAUAUGAUUGACGAAACCGCAACCCUCGGAACCAUUGUCAAGGGAUGUUAUAGUUUCCAGGAAGAACAGAUCAUGGCCGGAUUAACGGGAUUAAGCACAGCUAUUGCUCAGUGUUAAGACGAAGUCACUGGUGUGGUCUAGGUUCUUCAUAACAACGAUAUUUUUUUAAAUCUAGUGCUCGAAAAUAUAUAUGCUAGAUACACAA